CCGUCAACAAGUCUCGUGUAUAGUGCGCUCCUUUAAAACUAGCACAGCGAUAACAUUAUUCUGAUUCUGUACACCACCUCGUGUUUCAUAUCACACAGCCCCAGGUCUGAGUGUCAACCAUUAUAACUAUAUUCUGAGGGACAUUGUACUGAUUCACGAAGGAUAGAAGUACUUCAGCAAUUACGAUAUCGAGGUAGCUUGACUUAUUUGGAACUACCCAUAACCGGAAGUUGUUAUUAUUGAGAAGAUGGCGGACAAGCGAGACACGUCUAUCAUUUGUAUAUUUGAUGUCGAUGGCACUGUCACGAUGCCUCGACUUAAAAUCACAGAAGAAAUGGAUGCUUUUAUGGAGAAUUUGAAAUCCAAGGUUGUUGUAGGCCUUGUGGGAGGGUCUGACUUGUCCAAGAUAACAGAGCAGAUGGGGGGCUCUGCUGAUGUGAUCAAGAAGUUUGACUACCUCUUUGCGGAAAAUGGUUUAGUUGCCUUUAAGAAUGGAGAACAGAUUGGGCAAGAGAACAUUCAAAAAGCAAUUGGAGAUGAAACUUUGCAGAAACUCAUUAACUUCGCUCUGCGAUACAUGUCCGAUCUGGUAUUGCCAUGUAAGAGAGGAACAUUUGUGGAGUUCCGCAGCAGCAUGAUCAACCUGUGUCCGGUGGGCAGGAGCUGUUCUCAGGCGGAACGCCAACAGUUUGCGGAGUUCGACAAGCAAAACAAUGUCCGGCAGAAGUUUGUGGACGCUCUACGGGAAGAGUUCAAGGACGCAGGCCUGGUGUUUGCGAUCGGUGGCCAGAUUAGCAUCGAUGUGUUCCCGCAGGGCUGGGACAAGAGGUUCUGUCUGCAGUUUCUGGAGAAGGAUAACUUUAAAGAAAUACAUUUCUUCGGGGACAAGACAAUGAAGGGAGGUAAUGACCAUGAAAUCUUCGCAGACUCAAGAACAAUCGGCCAUACCGUCACAAGCCCUGAAGACACAAGGAAGCAAGUCACAGAACUUAUAUUUAAGUGAUGUAUAGGUAAUAUGUCUAUCAUGUCUCAUGACGUCAUGUAAAUAAUGUCAUGUCAUGUCAUGUAGAAGUCCGAUGGGAUGAGGACAUAGCUUUAGCACUGGGUUGGAAGUUUACAUGUGGGGAAUGCACCUAGAUGGUAAAAGGUCUAAUUGAUAAUAUGUUAACAUCCUCAAAAUUUAGUUGUCAUAUAUUGUCAAAGUCCAAUUUGAAGGAAGUUGAUACAUGUGAUCAUGCAGUAUCAUGUGACAAAAUGUUUCCACUAUCUGAAUAUGUAUGGAUGUUUGUAGUUGAAAUAUUUAAUGCUAAAUAGCCCCCAAGCUGUUGGAACUCUUCUUAAGAAAAAACAUCAAGAGUGCUACAAAGUCAUUCACUAUAACUGAUAAGAAAUUAUUUGUCUGUGGGUUAACUCAUGGUAUUAUAUAUAUUGAUUAUCAUAUGGUGUCUUACUAUUUAAUUCUAUUUAAUUCUAUCCUCAUGUUUACAUAGUCUGCCAAAACACAUAUUGAUAUAUCUCAGAUAAAGACUGUUUGAAGAACAAAAAACAGAAGUAACUGUCAAAACCAAAGUUCCAUCUAACGAACCUCAGUGGAGUGCGUUUUUGACAGAUUGAUGUGAAUAGUUUCAAAAAUUAUUCACCAAAUGUUAUGAUAGGUCUGUGUAGAUCCCUGCCAUUGAUCCACAGCGAGAUCAGUGCAGGUCUUGUAUGGGGUGGAGUUUCGUCCUCAUCACUGUUGAAACAUAUUUGUGCUUGUUAUAUUUUGUUAUGCUGUCUGUACAGACAUGCCAUGUGGGAAAUAAACUGGUUGUUUUAUAAA